AUGCGCCCUAAACCGCCUUAUUCUCUGCCUCUCCUGGUUUCCCUCCUUCCCCCAACCCCGCCUCGCGUAGUAAGACCUCCCAUCGCCGCUAUCUGCGCAUCGCCUGGCGUAGAGCCGCUGAGCAUGCGCCGCAUCCGGCGGUUGCGGGCAGUCUGGGAUGGCGGCGGGGUGGAGCAGCGCCGGUGCGGGGGGAUGCCAAGGAAAUGGCAGGGCGGCAGGAGGGUAGAAGGAAUCAACGCGCGCGGUAGAGGCAGGCGUCACGGCGGCGGGCGCGUGCUGAGCGCCGUGGUGCUUGCGCUCGUGGGCGGGGUUUUGCAUGGCGGGCGCGCGUGGCGCGGAGGGGCCCUGGGGAUGGGGGGAAGCGCGGACGACGCCAGUGGCGGCUCGGAGCAUGCACGGGCCUUGUACAGGCACUGGGAGAGCGCGUACGGCCUCGACGCCUUGUCGCUGCUGCCGCCGCCCGACGUCACUCUCCCCCCUGGCGUGCCCCGCGCGCCGCACCUGGAGAAUUGCGCACAGCGGACGGCGUGGCGGGAGCGCAUGGAGGCACGCGGGCGCAACGGGGAGGCCCCCGCGUGGGCUCGUCCUUCCGCGUGCGGGGGGGUGCCGCAGCCGCCAUGGGUGCGGGGGUCUGAUGCAGCGAACCUAGCGGGGACGCGCGAGGCGCAGAGGGACAUAUGGGAGCAGCAGUUCCCGGCGGCAUGUGCGGGGCGGCGCCUGGUGGUGGUGCCGUGGCUGAACGUGGCGUCCUUUGGGCUGGGCGCGCAGCUGCACGUGGUCUCCGCCAUCCUGGCCGCCGCGCUGCUCCACAACCGCACACUCGUCAUGCUGCCACACUCCAUGGCGCACGCUGACCACGCCCACUGUGAAGCGGUGGGCGAGCGGGGGUCGUUGAGCUGCUACUUCUUCCCCAUGGCAGCGCGCGAGUGCGAGGCAGUGGCCAUGGCGGCGUACCACAGUGCCGCCAUGCUCAAGUGUGACAACUCCUCCGUGCUGGCCUCGCCUGCACCGGUCGUGUUCGGCUGUGGACCCAAGCUGGGCCAGGACUCUGCUGUUGUCGGGCGGUGGGGCGAGGCAUACAAGGAGCGGGAGGUGGUGCAGGAGGUGGAGGGCGCCCUCUAUGCACGCAUCGACGACAAGAUCCGCAAGAAGCACUGGUGGCGAGCACAGUCAGUGCGCUUCAUGCUGCGCUGGCCCUCGCGCCACCUCUGCCACCUUAUCAACCGCGAGCGCCACACUGCCUAUGGCAUGCACGUGGCAGCACAGCUCGCCACCGCAGCACAUCAGGCAGCACUGCUCUCCAUGCUCCUCUCCUCCAAACCCCACUCUCAUCCCGCUGCCUCCGCCUCUCCCCCAUCUUCUUCCCCUCCUUCUCCCUCUCCCUCCCCACCUGCCCCUCUUGCUCUUACGGGCAUGCCCAGCAUACCUCCCCCGUCCGCGCUUGAAUCGCAUGCAUGGCCGCUGCUGGGUUAUGACGCCUGUGAUGACGCCACCGCUGCCAGUGCCACGCUCACAGCGGCACUCCCCCCUGACCCCGCACCUGCCGUGCCAGCACCCAGCCCUGCAGCAGCGCCUGGCGAUGCCCCUCCCUUGCCGCCUGAGCAGUGGAGUGCAGCGGAGGCGGCGGUGCUGGUGGGGGGGGCGGUGCACAUGCCGCGGCCUGUGGUGAGUGUGCACGUGCGGCAGGGCGACAAGGCGCGGGAGAUGCGCCUUUUCUCCUUCUUCGCCUUCAUGCACCGCGCCAACCGCCUGCGCCGCCUCGACCCCAACCUCAAGGCCGUGUGGCUCAGCACCGAAAUGCAG